AUCUAGAAGGGGGUUAGACUUUAAGAACUGGAUAUGCAUUCAGUCAAGCUCGCGAACGCCCACAGCAAAUAAACAUGUGAUGAUCCCAUCUCGAAGGAGAAUUAUUCGGUCUCGAAAGUCAAACGCGAUGGCCUUCGGACUUUCCAAGGCCACAGAAAGAAACGUGAGACCAAACACCAUGGAGCAGCUUCCGAGCAAGGUCAUUCUGUACUACUAUUCUUGGUAAUAAAGAACCUUUGACCCGCACCAACAUCGCACCAUAUGGGAACCCUCACGCUCUUAUCAGCCACUAAGAACUUGUCCCUUCAUUCUGUUCCACACAAUUGUCAGUUCAUCAUCUUCUUUCACGGCAGUCUUCUCUCUUUGUACUUCUCUUUGCCCUUUUCGCCCGAGAAAGAUAAAGUGUGAAUCGAUCCUUCAUCAUGUUCCCACAAGACCCAAAGAGCUACUGCAGUACAGAUCAAUGAAACAGCUAGCUUGUAAGCAACUCGUUCAAGGCAAAGCACAAGAAUCUUCGUCUCCGGAACCGUCGUCGCCGUCAUCGUGCACGGUCCUUCUGAGGGUAAUGAGCCGAAGGAGGACAUGGGUGCUUCUCUUCCUGACAGUAAACGUCGUUCUCCUGUGCUGUAUGUGGAACUUGGAGAAUCUCAUCUUCUCUUGGUAUAGAUGCCAGCAAUCGUCGUCUCGGUGGACCGCUCUGGAGGCAUCGGUCCUUCUCGGGGCGGCGUUUGGGGCGCUGUCGACCGCGGCCGCUCUCACCGUGGCUGUGCCGGCCAUUGCGGUCGCUUGGAUAACGGUCGUGGUCGGGCUGGCUUUCUCGGGGAAGUCCCAAAGGACUUUGCUCGUCGAAGGCAGGAAGGCGAGCAAAGAGAUCGUCUGGUUCAUCUGCAAAAACUCGUUCAAGGAAGGUAGAGUCGUGGCCGUGGUUUGUGCCGUUUUGGGGUAUUUUGCACUUCUCAAGAAGGGUUAGGUGCCAGGGUUUGAUAGAGGAGAAAAUUCAAUUUCAGACCCUCGUUCUUUUAGUAUGUUAUCUCAAUGAAAUUUCUUUAUCUGUACAUUUUAUAUCGAUAUAAGAACCUCUAAGUGUACAUAA